AAAUGGUUUAUUCGUACAGUUUCUGUACAACGAUCCUAUCAAUAUGCAAGGAUGUUGCUUCUUCAUUCAGACAAUCUGUAAUUUAGUUUUCUGUGCAGCUUGCAGCGGCAAGCAGCGGAGAGGCAGCAGUGGCCAUGGCUCGUUCUUUGCUAUCUACAUUUCUUCUCGUCGCGUUGCUAGCACUGCUACUCGAUGCUGCCGUUGCUGCUGCUGCUGCUGCUCGAAGGCUUGCUACUGAUCCAAAGCCAUCGCCGUCAUCGGUUAUUAUUGUUGGGGCCGGCAUGGCAGGUGUUAUGGCUGCGAAGACACUGUCCGAAGCUGGAGUGAAGGAUUUUGUUAUUCUCGAGGCGACGGAGGUCAUCGGGGGGCGAAUGCGGGAGGCGGACUUUGCAGGGAAGCGGAUCGAGCUGGGAGCAAACUGGGUGGAAGGAGUGAACAAGACCACCACGAAUCCCAUCUGGAAGCUUGCAAACCAGUACAAGCUCCGGACGUUCUACUCUAACUUUGACAAUCUCAGUCACAACAUCUACACUCAGAAUGGACAUCUUCAAAACAAGCUGGGAGAAAAUCUCAUGAGCAAGUCCGACGAUUCUAGCGAUUUCGUUGAUGAGCUCGGGCUGAGCAAGAGCGAAAGCAAUGCCCCGGAUAUGUCUGUUUUGUCCGCACAGAAACUUCACGGAGUUUUUCCAAAGACUCCUGUCGAGAUGGUUCUCGACUAUUACAACUACGACUACGAAUUUGCAGAGCCACCAAGUGUCACGAGCUUGAAAAACACACAGCCUAAUCCUACGUUUCAUAAUUUUGGCGACGACAAUUACCUUGUUGCUGACCAGCGUGGUUACUCGUACCUCGUUCAGAAACUAGCCGAGGAGUUCCUUGCCAACAAGAACGGCAAAAUUACCGAUCCCAGGCUUCAGCUUAACAAGGUUGUCCGCCAAAUCAAGUACUCUAAAACAGGAGUGACUGCAACCACUGAAGACGGCAAAGUCUACAACUCAAAGUACAUCAUCGUGACGGUCAGUCUGGGAGUUCUUCAGAGCGACCUUAUCAAGUUCAACCCUGGUUUACCGGACUGGAAACGUGAAGCUUUGAGCGAGUUUGACAUGGCUGUUUACACCAAGAUCUUUCUCAAGUUCCCCUACAAGUUCUGGCCUUCAAACGGACCACUGACCGAGUUCUUCCUCUAUGCCGACGAGAGACGCGGGUACUAUCCAAUAUGGCAACAUUUGGAGAACGAGUACCCAGGGGCAAAUGUCAUGUUCGUCACCGUCACGGACUACGAAUCCCGCCGCAUUGAGCAACAACCCAACAAUGAAACCAUAGCCGAGAUCCACGAAGUGCUUAAGUCGAUGUUUGGACCGUCGGUGCCCAAGCCAACUGAUAUCCUGGUACCGAGAUGGUGGUCCAACAGGUUCUUCGUCGGCUCCUUCUCCAACUGGCCCAUUGGUGUGGAAGCUUUCGAGUUUGAGAGGAUCCAAGCGCCGCUCAGCCACACUCUCUACUUCGCUGGAGAGCACACGCAUGAGCACUACAAUGGCUACGUCCACGGUGCUUACUACAGCGGGAUCGACGCUGCGAACAAACUCCUGGACUGCAUGAAGAAGAACAAGUGCGUGGACAAAGUACCAAAGGCACCGGCGCACAGAACCGGAGAGAAGAGGAGACGAAACAUGGAGAGCGCGGAAGCAAGCGUUGUCAAGGAGCGGGAUUUGUCCAGGCGAGAGUGGGAUAAGCAGCUCCAUGGAAUAUUAGCGGUCAAUUCAGCUCAUUGAAUUCAUUGAUAGCUCCAUUCUUGGAGCUGGCCAUGUAAACAAAAAAUGAAUGAAUGAUGUGGCAAACGAUAGUGAUAAAAACAAUUUUUUGUA